UGACAACAAAAAGGAAUGGACAUGUAAGGUGGAAUGAUCAGUGGAAUAAAUGACAACAAAAAGGAAUGGACAUGUAAGGUUAGAGUUGUGGAGAAACGGAACAUCAAAGACUCAAGGACGAGCCCUAACAAGUACAGACCUUUUAUAUUGCAGGAUGAGGAGGUAAGCUUAUAAAGCUUAUAAAAUAAUCAAUCUUAGAGCGGACAUAUUACAUGCACUAAUUAUGUUCCAUUCAACCAUUUCUGUACAGGGUACCGAGGUUCUUGCUCUCGCAAAUAGUGGUGACAUUGAACAAAUUGAUAAGAUACUCGGCCUCAAAAACACGUAUUACAUAAGCAAUGCUGCUGCCAUGCCUAACCAAGUAUAGUGGUGAUCCCCCAUCCGCAAACUAUAAUUACAUUUAGAUGUUGAGUAAAAAGACUUGGAUUGAGGCAGCCCCAAAAUCAGAACAAAUUCAGGCAACAAAUGAGACAGACACUAUCCUCACACAAUUCUUUGACUUCUAUGACUUAUGCGGUUCUAAAACCCCAAUCAAUUUCAUGGCCAUUGUGAUUCAGAGAAUGCCGAGAGAGUAUGUCUCCGUUCCUAGACAUGCCAAAACCGCACAUGAUUUCAUGCUUGUGAAUGAAGAGUAAGUAUGACGUAGUUAUUCUAAUUACUUAACAUUGUGUAUAUCUAACCUUUUUACUUUCAUCUUAAAAAGAAUGAAACCAGUUGUGUUGACUCUUUGGGAAGAUUUCACAAUGAAUCAAGGCCGGGAUAUAACCUUUUUCUUUUUCAAGUUAUAUUAUUGAAUAUUUUAUAGUUUAUUCAUUUAAAAAAUGUGAAAUCGUAUCAUAAGAUAAUAAUCCAAGAGGUUAUUCCAAUUUUAUAAAACUUUUUUUAUAAAUGAUUUUAGUUAUGGGGACAAAAAUGAUCAGUGGAAUAAAUGACAACAAAAAUGAAUGGACAUGUAAGGU